AUGGGUCAAAACUAUACUGAGAAUAUGAAAAUUGUAAGUGAAGGCAUCUCUGAUAUGUCUAAAAACAUUGAUACCUUAAUCACUGGUUUGGCUAAACAACAACUGGAAGAAGGCGAGAAGAAAAAAACUAAGGCUGUUGAAAAACGUCAAUUGAGAGAAGAAGAACGCGUUGCUCGUAAAAAAGAAACAACUGCAAAUAAUAAGGUUCUCGCCGAUACCAUUGCUACCAGUAUUUCUACAGCUUUGAAUACUUUAUCCACAACUCUGUCGACAAGUAUAUCAACGGCUUUAGCUACUCACCUCUCUCAAAACCUAUCCACAGAGCUCACUAAUUUAUUGAAAACGAUUUUUUCUGAAUAUAUUCCUCCGUCUACUAAUAAUGGUGAUGGUAACAAUCGUGCUACAAAUCCACCACCUCCACCUCCGCCUCCACCUGCCAGAGCUAGUGUCAUUAACGUUAAGUUUCCUUGCUUUGACGACGAAGAUCCUGAUGGCUGGAUUUUUAACGCUGAUAAAUAUUUCUCGGCGCAUACAGCUGAUGAUGCUCCAAAGAAUACUAUUGCUGCUGCUAGUCUGAAGGGCGAUGCUAAUGUAUGGUAUCAUUGGAAACAAACCAAAGUUACGAUAGUUACAUGGGCAAAAUUUUGUUCGUAUGUUCAUGCUAGAUUUGCUCCUGCCAAGUUUGUUGACGCUCGGCUCGCCAUUAACACAAUCAACCAACAAGGGUCAGUCCGAGAACAUAUCCCUGAAUUUGAAAGAUUAUUAAAUUUUGUUGAUUUUCUAGAGGAUUAUUUGAUCAGCUGUGUUAUUCGCUCACUAAAACCUCAUAUUGGAUGUAUGGUUAAAUUGCUUGCACCCCAAUCUUUGACGGAGGCUUUCACUAGAGCAAUUUACCAAGAAGAAGCAUAUGAAGCUACUAGGUUUGUACCAAGGCCACCUUAUCGUCCUCCUCAUGUUCGGCCUGCUACUAAUGUUCAACCUACUCCGUAUAAAAGGAAUUCUUUGCCUACGGGGGCAAGAAGACUUUCAUUGGAUAAACAGAAACAAAGACGUGCCCAAGGUCUCUUCUUUAAUUGUGAUGAACACUAUACACCGACUCACGUUUGUGUCAAUCCCAGAUUGACUAUUUUAGAUGUUGUUGACGUCGAUGCGGAAGUUGAGGAUGUUAUUGACCAAUCUGUAGAUAUUACCCAUGCUGUCACUGAUAAUGAACCAAUUGAAUCUGAUCCCAAGAUUACUAUGCAUUCUCUUUUGGGUACUCCUUUUCCUAGAACAAUGCGUGUUUCUGGUUUUACUAAAGGUCAAGAUUUGCCAGUUCUUGUCGACUCGGGUUCUACACACAAUUUUCUGCAUCCAAAGGUAGCCAAACAGUGUGGUUAUUCUAUUUGCUCCACAGAUGCCGACUUACGUGUAACGGUUGGUGAUGGUGGUCAGAUAAGUACUCAAGGAUCUUGUUCUAAUAUUCCAAUUCAGCUACAGAGCUAUGAUUUUACUUCUGAUUUUCAUCUAUUACCUAUCAGUGGUCGUGAUGCCGUAUUAGGUGUACAAUGGUUACGUACGCUAGGAGAAAUCUCUUGGGAUUUUACAUCAUUAACUAUGAAGUUCAAAAUGCAAGAUGCUGACAUUCUUUUGGUGGGUAACAACUCCUUAAUUGUAAUGUUAUUGGAUAGUUCUCCCAUGCAACAUUUGUUGAACAAGGAGCACUUUGGAAUUCUGUUCCAAUUAUUGGAGUUUAAUGCAUCUACAAGAGAUUUAACUUCCGACUUACCACCUGAAAUUCAGCAUUUAUUAUCAUCAUAUUCGGAAAUAUUUCAGUCUCCUGAUUCAUUACAACCUUCACGACAUCAUGUUCAUCACAUUCCUUUACAGGCUGAUUCUUCUCCGGUUAAUAUUCGACCAUAUAGGUACCCUCAUUUUCAGAAGACUGAGAUUGAGAAAAUAGUCGCGGAGUUAAAAGAAGUUGGAUUAAUCCGUACCAGUUCCAGUCCUUUUUCAUCUCCAAUUUUGAUGGUUCGUAAAAAGGAUGGUUUGUCCUCGUUUUUUUUUGAUGACAUAUUGAUAUAUAGUAAGAGUUUUUCUGAGCAUCUUAAGCAUUUGUCCAUCGUGUUUGAUAUUUUACGUUCCAACCGAUUGUUCGUGAAAGAGUCUAAAUGCACAUUUGCUCAAUAUUCUGUGGGUUAUCUCGGCCAUAUCAUUUCAUCUAAUGGGGUCUCAGUUGGAGAUGAUAAAAUCAAGAGUAUUCUCUCUUGGCCUAUUCCUAGCACAGAGCUUCGCGCAUUUCUUGGUCUAGCUGGUUAUUAUCGCAAGUUUGUCAAGGAUUUUGGCACUAUCAGUAAACCUUUGACUCAGCUAUUAAAAAAAGAUGCUUUUGUGUGGAAUGAUGAUUUUACUUCUUCAUUCAAAAUGUUACAUCAUGAUCUUACUACAACUCCUGUAUUAGCAUUACCAGAUUUUAGUAAGGAAUUCUAUCUUGAAUGUGAUGCUUAA